GUAUUGCUUGGAUUUUGCUAACAAUCAAGGUAGAAAGUUCAUCGAACCUUUUGCUUAAAAAGAACUUUUGCUUGAAAAGUCAGUCAACGGUUGACCCGUAGACUUACUCACCACCAAUGGCUUGACUUCAAUUAUAUACUCAUCAUCUCUUAUCUUCGUCUCCCUCAAUCCUCCAAUAAUUCAACUCCGAUGUCACGUCAAGCCUUCUUAAUUCUCCCCAUUCUACUCUCCCUCGCCGUCUUCGGAGAAGGAGCAACGGCGGCGUACGAUCCCAGGGAUCUAUUUCUCUUCAACUGCGGCGCCACCUCCGAUAACCCAGACAACACUGGCCGGAAAUGGACGGCGGAGAAUCGUCAAACUCUGCCGUCGAACGCAGUCGACGCGUCUUUCUCUUCAGAUGCCUCUUCCCAAGAAUCUGGUGUUCCUCAAGUGCCUUACCUGAAAGCUCGGAUUUUCCGAUCGGACUUCACUUACAGUUUUCCGGUCUCUCCCGGCUGGAAAUAUCUCCGGCUGUACUUUUACCCGACCCGGUACGAAUCGGGCUUCGACGCCGCCGCUUCCUUCUUCUCCGUCACCGUCAACGGUUUCACUCUUUUGAAAAACUUCAGCGCUGGUUUAACGGUAACUGCUUCCGAACAUGUUUUGAUCAAAGAGUUUAUCGUUCCUGUUCACCACAAGUUAAAUCUCACGUUCACGCCGUCUCCUGCUUCGCCAGCUUUCGUUAACGGAAUCGAGAUUGUCUCCAUGCCUGAUGGGUUUUACUCCAAGGGAGGAUUUGACGAUAGAGUAAUCAACGUCGGCAGCGACGUUGAAUACCAAAUCGACAACACGACGUCGUUCGAGACCGUUUACCGCUUAAACGUAGCCGGACAAGACGUGGGCGACAAAGGAAUGUUCCGACGUUGGCUCUCCGAUGACGGUUUCUUCCUCAGCGAGAAUUCAGGAAUCAAACCGGUGGUAGAACAUGUGAAGAUAAACUACACGGACAAAACUCCCGCGUACGUCGCGCCCGAAGACGUGUACGAGACGUAUCGUACGAUGGGGAACGUCGACAACGCUAUACUCAACCUGAGUUUCAACUUGACGUGGCUCUUCACGGUCGAUGCUGGGUUUACCUACCUCGUUAGGCUUCAUUUCUGUGAGACUCUACCUGAAGUAAACGAACCGGGACAACGUGUCUUCUCCAUCUUCUUGAGAAAGCAGAUGGCUAAGAUUGAGAUGGAUGUGAUUCAGCUGAGCGGCGCUUCUCGGGCUCCGGUGUAUCUAGACUUCGUUCUAGUACACGUGGGCUCCGAAAAUGAGCUGAGAACUGAUUUACAAGUUGACUUGCAUCCUUUCAGAGCCAUUGUUCCAAAAUAUCUCGACGCUAUUCUGAACGGUUUAGAGAUUCUCAAGCUUAAUGAUUCUGACGGUAAUCUCGCUGGACCUAAUCCGAAUUCAAGUCCCCCACCAAACUCGGUCACGCAGGAUUUACAAAAAGGAAAAAAGAAGUCACAUAGUUUGGUAAUAAUAGCAUUGGCAGUGGUUGGUUGUGCGAUUUUGCUAGCAAUGUUUGUUGUUGCUGCUAUCAUCAUCAUAAAGAAGAAUAAGAAGAAAAUCGAGUUUAGUGCAGAUAACACGAGCAAGCCUACGGACUCGUCGUGGACUCUUCUCCCACUUGUCACCGGGUCCUCGCAUACCAGAUCGGCCGGAUCUCUCCCAUCUGAUCUCUGCCGUAGAUUCUCAAUCCAGGAAAUCAAAUCCGCCACAAACAAUUUCGAGAAAGAGCUAAUCGUAGGAGUGGGCGGGUUUGGUCCCGUCUACAAAGGGAGAAUCGACGGCGGAGCCACGCUUGUGGCUGUUAAAAGGUUAGAAAUUUCAUCGAACCAAGGCGCUAAAGAGUUCGACACCGAGCUCGAGAUGCUCACGAUGCUCCGCCACAUACAUCUCGUCUCCUUAAUCGGAUACUGCGACGACGAGGAAGAGAUGGUUCUCGUCUACGAGUAUAUGCCACAUGGCACACUCAGAGACCAUCUCUACAAGAGAAACAAGGUUUCUGAUCGCCCGUUGUCGUGGAAACGGAGGUUAGAGAUAUGCAUUGGAGCGGCUCGUGGACUACAGUAUCUCCAUACAGGCGCGAAGCACAUGAUCAUACAUAGAGACAUCAAAACGACCAACAUACUUCUUGAUGAGAACUACGUAGCUAAAGUCUCUGACUUUGGGUUGUCUAAAGUGGGACCUACUAGUGCCUCUCAAACGCACGUCUCGACCGUCGUUAAAGGUUCGUUUGGUUACUUGGACCCCGAGUAUUACCGCCGUCAAGUCUUGACGGAAAAAUCUGACGUGUACUCCUUCGGAGUAGUUCUCUUCGAAGUUGUGUGCUGUAGACCGGUGAAACUCGAAAAUGUCCCACGGGAAGAAGCAGAUUUGGUACGAUGGGUGAAGUCGAAUUACAAAAAAGGAACCGUUGAUCAGAUCGUUGACGCAGAUCUGACGGCUGAUAUUACUCAUGUAUCACUGGAGAAGUUCUGUGAGAUUGCCGUGAGAUGUGUUCAAGAUCGUGGUAUCGAACGGCCAUCGAUAAACGACGUCGUGUGGGCGCUUGAGUUUGCGCUUCAACUUCACGAGACUGCUACGAAUAAGAACGGCGUGGACUCUCUGGAUCUACCGACACGUGGCGAGGUAGGUGCGACGACUGAAGGAGAAGAUGAUUUGUUUAGUAAGACUACAGGACGUGUGUCGAAAUCUACGACGACGACCGACGAUGAUUCUGCUCGUCUUGCUGGUGAUGAGAAGAGCGGAUCGAGUUGGGGAGUGUUUUCAGAGAUCAAAGAACCCAAAGCACGGUAGAUUGUUGACUAUGUAAUAUCUACCUUAUUUUUGAAUAUGUAAUAUGUGUUACAAAAGUCAAUAAGGUAAUGUCAAGAAAUGAAAAUGGAACCCAUGCCAUUCAUAUUUACAGUAAAAUUUGUCAAUUCAUUCGCCUAUAUACAGAAUUGUACUUUGUUCA